ACCGCAUAGCCUUCCCAGAUGAGCAUCAGUGGACUGAGCUGACUGUUUGCAUCAUGAAACAUUGCUUUUAUUUAUAUACCCAAUCAAACAUUCUAGUCUUCUCAUGACAGUAACACAGUGAGCAGCACGGCAUGGAGGGAGGAGAGGACCUUUCCCCCUGAACCUCAAAACCUGGUGGACUGUGGACAUCCCAAAACAGGCACUAACAGGCAGGCAGAGACAGGAUCUACCACUCAGAGACCCCACAAAAGAUCCUCCCGUGGGGAGAGUUUGGGUUCAUUUCCUUCACUCCCAUUCUCCUUCUGCUAACCCCCCCCCCCCCCCAAAGAGUCUGUCACAAUGGAUCCUCCAAGGAGACAUGCCCAUAAGAAGCUGAAGAAGAGGCGUUCCAGCCUUUUUGCCAACCUCAAGUUUGCUGGAAGUUUCUCCCAAAGCAUGGAGGUCGAGUCCAGCGCCUUCCCCUUUGCCCAGGACAGCUCCAUCAAGGCCUGGACCUCCAUGGACCACCUGGACAGCCCUACCCCCAUAAUGGAGGAGCCCGAGGCAGGGGCAGCCACGGAGGCCCGGAAACCUCCAAAGAGGCAAUCCACUACCAUCAAUAUAAACGUGGGGGGCAAGCUGUUCCGCAUCCCCACGCGCAUGGCGGUACGGCACCCUCACACCCGCAUUGGGAAGCUGGCCCUUUGCACAGACCCUGCCAGACGGCAGCAGCUGUGUGACGAUUACUCCGUGCACACUAACGAGUUCUUCUUCGACCGGGACCCCACAUUCUUCCACUACAUCUCUCACUUCUACCGCUCCAAGGUGCUGUGGGUAAUGGACGGAUUGUGUCCUGUAAACUUCGAGGAGGAGAUGGCCUUCUGGGGCCUGCGCAUGCGAGACAUGCAGCGCUGCUGCAGAAUCCUGUUUGAAGAGAAGGUGGAUGAGCUGCGAGACCAGCUGAAGGUUGAACGUGAACUGAUGGCUGAGAUUGACCCCCAGCACAAUGAGGAGGGCUUUAAGACCAUGUUCCUGGGCGGCCUGCGCAAGGCUGUCUGGGAUUUAAUUGAGAACCCUUACUCCUCGCCAACCGCCAAGGCCUUCGCCAUCUUCUCCAGCAUCUUUGUGAUCACCUCCAUUGCUGCCAUGACUCUGAACACUGUCUCUGAGCUCCGAAUUUAUACCAUCUAUGGGAAAACCUAUGUGGAGUUUGUGGAGAUUGCCUCAAUCCUCUUCUUCACCCUGGAGUACUUCCUGCGCUUGCUCACCACCUGUAACAUCACAAACUUCCUGAAGAGCACCCUGAACUUUGUGGACCUGGUGGCCGUCAUGCCUUACUUCAUCCAGAUUGUAUUUGAGGCAAUGUCAGACCAAGAGGAUCUAAAUGUGCAGGAUGAUCUCCGAGGGGCAAUGUCACGUGUUAGCAAGGCCAGCAAGGUGCUGAAGGUGGUCAAGCUGAUGCGCAUAUUCCGCAUCCUAAAGCUAGCGCGUCACUCCACCGGUAUGCGAGCAUUCGGAUUCACCUUGCGGCAGUGUUGUGAGCAAGUGUGUUGCCUCUUCCUCUUCAUCACCAUGGGAAUCUUCACCUUCUCUGCCCUCAUGUAUUCAGUGGAGCACAAGAUGGAGGGAACCCCCUUCAGCAGCAUCCCUGACACCUGGUGGUGGGCAGCGGUGAGCAUCUCCACCGUGGGGUACGGGGAUGUGGUGCCAGUUACGGUGCUGGGCCGGAUAGUGGCAUUCUGCUGCAUCUCCUUUGGCAUCAUCCUCAAUGGUAUGCCUAUCUCCAUCCUCUUCAACAAGUUCUCUGACUACUACGCCAAGCUGAAGGCCCAGGAGCACACCUACAUCAACAAGCAGCACCGCCUGGAGCUGAAGACCCGGCUCCAGCGUCGGCUGCACCACUGCCUCGGUCCGCACUCUGAGGAAGAGGAGGAGUGCAGGGCCCACAACCGCAACCACAACCAGAAUGAGAACCAGAACCAAAACUGAGUUCCGCAGUGCCCAUUCACCACAUGGUCCUGGCAUGUCAACCCCACUCCUGUCCCCCACCUGAUUCUAUCCCCUGGGUCUUCAGGUGUAGAAUUUUAGGCAAAGAUGAGCAGUGGGCCUUGAGCCUAAGCUGCCAAAAAUAGCAGACAACUCUCAAUCUCAAGGACUGAUAGGACGUAAAGUGGAAAGCGUAACUGCAUCAGUGCUGCUCAGUAGCUGGAAAAGAUCAAAUUCCUUUUGCUGGUUUCAGAUCAGUUCAGCUGACUGCUACUUCUAACUAAAGUUCUAUUGUAUCAUAAAGGCCUAUGGACUUUACAGAUCAACGCAUGGCAGGUUUAUAGCUAAAAUGUAUGCAUGUACUGUAGAAAGAUGAGUAAUUAUGUUGUUUAUUAAUACCAAAGUUCAGUUUGCAGUUUCUUUCCAGAUUAUUUCUAAAAAGAGAGCAUGUAAUAAAACAGGGCUAAACUCUCUUCCAUGUAGCAGUGCAUUAGCCCACAGGGCUACACUCCUCCAUGUAGCAGUGCAUUAGCCCACAGGGCUACACUCCUCCAUGUAGCAGUGCAUUAGCCCACAGGGCUACACUCCUCCAUGUAGCAGUGCAUUAGCCUGCAGGGCUACGCUCCUCCAUGUAGCAGUGCAUUAGCCCACAGGGCUACACUCCUCCACAUAGCAGUGCAUUAGCCCACAGGGCUACACUCCUCCAUGUAGCAGUGCAUUAGCCCACAGGGCUACUCUCCUCCAUGUAGCAGUGCAUUAGCCCACAGGGCUACGCUCCUCCAUGUAGCAGUGCAUUAGCCCACAGGGCUACACUCCUCCAUGUAGCAGUGCAUUAGCCUGCAGGGCUACACUCCUCCAUGUAGCAGUGCAUUAGCCUGCAGGGCUACACUCCUCCAUGUAGCAGUGCAUUAGCCCACAGGGCUACACUCCUCCAUGUAGCAGU